AAACAAGACAACAAAAUAUGCAUUCGACGCGUCUUUUCAAGUUCUAUCUGAUGAAGGGGUUUGCACUGCGAUUAGAAAAUAUUUAAUGAUAGAAAAACAACUCUUAAAUGUGAUUUUUCUCAUUUUUCAAAGUUUGAAUACAUGCUGCACCGUUCUACGGGUUUCCAGAACGUGGGAUAACAUAUAUCUCGCAUGUACUCGACGUGGGCUAUUAGAAAAACAGCCUUUUGUCUUCGGUUUAAGUAUUUUCACGGAAAAGUAUUUUUCCAGCGAAAACAUCAUAGGAUUUUCGUCUGUUUCGAAAGUACUCGGCCAAAGACAAAAACCUGUUUUUCUAAUAGCCCACGUCGAGUACAUGCGAGAUAUAUGUCAUCUCACGUUCUGGAAUCCCGUAGAAAAACGACCUUUUUAAACAUCUUCCUGAGAACGUGCUUAACAUUUUGGAACUUUUUGCCUGCUAGUGAUUUUGCAGCUUUGCACAUACAGAAGCUAAUCUAACGGUACCAGUCCAUGAAAAUAUUUCACUAAAAAAUGGUGAAAAUGCCUACAAAAGAACUAUUCUGCUAGGAAAUGGAAGUUCCACAGGUUGAGAAGAUACCGUUGCUUUAAAACUUUUUAAACGUGAUAUUCGUCAUCAGGAGCUCGAGUUCUACUUGUCCUAUUACUCUUGAACAAUUGGUAACUAUGGUAAACUAUGGUACCUUCUCGAAAGAACAACCCAAUUUUGAUAACCUCUUCUUUAACUUUGUAGUAGACCGUCAAUACCUAACUCAACACUUUCUCAAGAUUGUAGUGAUAGUGAAUUAUUGGUACCCAGUAUUGUUAUGACCACAACAUCAGAUACAAAUAUUAAUUUUAAACGUCCAUUAUCCGAUGAUUUUGAUCCAAAUUUCGAUGAAGAUCUCAACAACAAUAAUAGUUUUUUAUCUGUUAAAUUAAAACGACCGAGUAUAGAAGAUAAACUCGAUGAUAGUGGUAAAACUGAUAUUAUAAGCGCUAGUAUUCGUGUUCCUGAUACAUCACGUUUGUCCGUUUUAAAUGUACCAGAAAAUUGUGAUUCAUCAGUUUGUGAUUCCGAAUAUAUGGUGUCAAAUCAUGAUCUAACAUCAUUGUCGUCUGAACUAUCUUCUUGUUCAUCAGCAUCAUGUCAAAAUGUAAAUGAAAUAGAAGAAAAUAAUUGUGACAAUAAUCAUACAUUGAAUAGUAACAAUAAAUCAACUGAGUUACAAUAUAAAGAAAUAUGUUAUCCUGUCGAUGAUAGUGACGAUAAUUUAGGUAAAAUUAGUAGUCAUUCUUUUAAAAAGCAUUAA